UCAGGGUCAGAUCAGGACCAUUGGUGGACAGGAGACUAUCGUCAGCAGAACUGACAACCAGCGAAUCAACGAAAACAGACGUGAGAUGAAUACACUGUGGCUGCCUCUUCUUCUGAGCUCCGUCAUAUUGGCAGAGGAGCAGUAUUUUCCUCAGUUACCCAAUGCCACAUGGGCCGAGGCCAGACACUACUGUCAGACCUGUUUCAUGGAACUGACGACCAUCUCCUGCAGUAACGUCCGUCUCAUUGUGAAGAACCUCUCUUUGAGCUACUGGGUUGGACUCCGCAGGAGUUACAAUGACUCAAUCCCAUGGUCCGAAUGGUCCAAUGGGGAGCCUGUUACAUAUCAGAAUUGGUACCCUGGUCAUCCAGUUCCAAAAAAAGAAAAGGAACUGAUUCCUAUAUGUUCCUCAACUACAGAAAGUCCACUGAGCACCAUAAUAACUACCACAACAGAUACCCAAAUGACCUCACUAGAAACCUCCACGGUAACUUCUGCUCCGGUAACUUCUACUCCAAUAACCUCUGCUACGGUAACUUCUGCUCCGGUAACCUCUGCUCCAGAAACCUCUGCUCCGGAAACAUCUGCUACGGUAACCUCUCCAAAGACUUCCACAAUGUUUCAAACUGAAAAAGAAAACGAUACAUGUCCUAUUCUGAUUGACAUGCUUGAAUGCUUAAAUAAGACAUGUGAUGAACUUGAAAGUAUCUUGACUGGGUGUGAAAGAACAACUACUGUCACCCCUAAGACCACAACAUACAACACCAUCGCUGAGAUCACAACAUUUAGCACCACUUUUAAUGCCACAACAACCAAGGGCGCAACAACCGCAGGCAGAACAACUGAAGGUGGCACAACUCCAGGCAGCACAACUGAAGGUGGCACAACCGAAGGUAGCACAACUGAAGACGGUACAACCGAAGGUAGCACAACCGAGAGAACCACCACAAGCAACUGCAUCUUUGAAGCCAAGCCAGAUCCUGAACAGUACAUCGAAGAUGCUUGUGUGGUCCUGCUCAGAUUUGGCAUGUGGAAGGAAGAAGACUGCAAUCAAAGUCUACCCUACAUCUGUUAUGAUGAGCGCUUUUUUGGCCAGAUAUAUUAUUCCGAUGUGAAUACCAGUGCAGUCAACGUGAGCUGGUCUGAGGGACCCGGUGCUGAGAACAUCAGUCACUACAGAGUGGAGAUCACUGAAGUCAAUAACCGGACAUAUGACCAGACAUAUAACGAUACAUUUAACCAGACUGACCUGUUUCAAAUCAUAUCGAAUCUGACUGCAGGAACUCUGUACAGAGUUCAGGUGUUUCCUGUGAAAUGUGGCAGGGAUCUCAAUCCACAGAAUAUCUCCUUCUACACCCAGCCCUCUGAUGUGCAAGAUCUGACAAUAGUCAGUAUGACAAACGUUAUCGCCAACCUCAAGUGGAGGAAACCAGAAGGGAAGCGUGACUUCUACUCAGUACAUGUCGAAUGCAAGUCAAAUAAAUCUAUUCUUCACCCAGACGAAAAGUGUCUAAGUGAAGUGUGCACUAUCAAUAAUCUUGUUCCAGGUUAUGAAUAUGAGCUCACAGUUAAAGCUGUUGUGAAUGAGACUUUUGGAGGUGUACCAAGCAGCGCUUCUGAUUACACCAAACCUUCGAUUGUCACAAACCUAAAACAAACAAGUAACCACAGCACAGUCAUAAUGGCCUCUUGGUCUCCACCCGAAGGAGGACAUUCAGGAUACCGGUUUUGUCUUAAAAAUGUCAGUUACAACCACAUGUGUACUUACUGUAACAUCAUAACAAGUGACAGCAGUGCGACAAGCAGCAGCUUUACAAAAAAUGACGUUACAAACUCCGACAUUACCACAAGCAGCAGCAGUACGUUGACCAGCUUUACCACAAGCAGCAGCAUUACGACAAGCAGUAACAGUAUAAUAAGCUUUAAUAUUAUAGACUGCAAAACAGUGAAUGCAACAACAAAUGCAAUAUGGGAGCCUGAUGAACCAGACGGCAGCAGGUUUUGUCUGUGUGUCGCAGCACUAACAAAAAAUGACACCUUGUCAGGAGAAACGGUUUCAAUCCCAGUAUACACACUCCCAGAAACUGUGCACCUGAAGUUGAAUGCCAAUUCCAACCAAAUUAAUGCCAGCUGGGAAUCUGAUGUGAAGAAUGAAUAUUUCAGUGUGUCGAUUACAACAGAUGCAUACCCAUACAAUCCCCAGCCAGUAAUUGUUAAAGUGUCGAGUCACACUUUUAAUGGUCUAAAGGCAGGAGUGAAUUACACCAUUACAGUUUACACUUACAAUGGUAAGAUGCGUAGUAAUCCUGCUACAGAGUCAAAAUACACUGGUGAGUAA